AUGAACGAAGAACGCUCACGUACCUCCUUUCCCAUCCGUGAGAUGACUUACUUCAUCGACAAAGGUGCCAAAAUCACACAACUCAAGGAAAAGAUCAUGCUCCAAAUCGAGCGUGACCCCGUAUUCAAGAAUGACGAUUGGUAUGAUUUGAACAAGGAGCAGGUUCGGGAGAGAACGAUGAUGAAGUUUAAGAGUUUAAUUCAUUAUGUUACGAGUGAGCCGGAGACUGUGACUAUGAUGAGGAUGAAUCUGAUCAGUGUCGUGGAUCCUGGGUUUUUUACUCGGUUCGGUGUGCAUUAUGGAUUGUUCUUUGGUGCGUUACGAGGUUCUGCGACGCCUUCUCAGUUGUCGUAUUGGAUCUCGAAAGGUGCAGCGGGGCUCAAUGGCAUGAUCGGGUGUUUCGCUAUGACCGAGCUUGGACAUGGUUCGAAUGUGCAGGGACUUGAGACCACCGCUACCUUCGACCCGAAGAGUGACGAGUUCGUGAUCCACACUCCAAGUUUGUCGGCGACGAAAUGGUGGAUUGGAGGUGCGGCUCAUUCAGCUACGCAUUCUGUCGUCUUUGCACGACUCAUCGUGAACAAGAAGGAUCAUGGGGUUAAGUCAUUCGUUGUGCCUCUUCGUGAUCCGAGUGAUUACUCGCUCAGGCCAGGUGUCACCAUCGGUGAUAUUGGCAAGAAGAUGGGUCGUGAUGGGAUUGACAAUGGGUUCAUCCAGUUCAGCCAGGUCAGGAUCCCGAGGAGUUAUAUGCUGAUGAAGCACAUCAAGGUCACGAGGACGGGCGAGGUGAAGAGUGAAGCCAUGGCACAACUGACAUAUGGUGCGUUGAUUGCUGGACGUGUCUCGAUGGUUGUCGAUUCGGCGAGUGUGAGCAAGAGAGUUUUGACUAUCGCAAUUCGCUACGCGGGCGUGAGGAGACAGUUCUCCUCCAAGCCGGGUGAGAUUGAGAGUAAGAUUCUUGAUUACGCUCUUCAUCAACGUCGUUUGAUGCCUUUGCUUGCUCAGACAUUUGCCAUGCAGUUCGCCGGUGACCAGAUGGAGGUGAUGUACCGUAACCUCAUGUCGAAGCUCGACUCGCUCAAUCCCGAGGAUAAGGCCGGUAUGGCCGAAGUCGUGGAUAGUUUGAAGGAGGUCCAUGCGACCUCCGCCGGACUUAAGGCAUUCUGCACCUGGGCGUGUCUCGAAACCAUCAACACCUGUCGCUUAACCUGUGGUGGACACGGGUAUUCCUCCUACAACGGUUUCGCGAACGCCCAUGCGGAUUUCAGUGUCCAGUGUACGUGGGAAGGUGAUAACGCCGUUCUUGCGCUCCAGGCUGGUAGGUCUUUGAUUGGAAGCUGGAGGGAGGCGAAGAAGGGGAAGAAGUUGCCGGAGGGUGUGAGGUAUCUCUCCAAGGGUGCUGAGUUGAAGGGAGCGAAGUGUGGGGAGAGGGGUGUGGGUGAGGUUGAGGUUAUUCUACAGGCCUGGGAUGCGGUCGCCGCGAGUGUUGUAAACAAGGCUGGAGCGGAGUUUGAGAGGCUCCGUUCUACUGGCCUCUCAGCGGAUGAGGCUUACGAGGAGACUUCACAGCUUCGCUUCACGGCUGCGAAGACUCAUGUUAAGUGUUACCUCGUUUCCCAAUUCUUUGAAAGGAUCCGUGGUGCGCCUGAGUCUCUCAAAAGAGUCUUGAUGGAUGUUGCGUUACUCUAUGCGUUGUGGAGUAUCGAGGAGGAUGCCGGCGCAUUCUUGAGUGCUGGGUACUUCACUCCGGGACAGAUGGAUGAGGUCAGGAGUAAGGUGAAUGAGUUGUGCAAGGAGGUCAGGAUGAACGCUAUCGGCCUCUGUGACUCGUUCAACUAUUCAGACUUCUUCAUCAACGCUCCGAUCGGGAGAUAUGACGGAAACAUCUACCCCCACUACUUCGAACAAGUCAGGAAGCAGAAUCCGUUUACGCCUGCGCCACCUUAUUUCAAGAGUGUGAUCAAGCCGUUGAUUAAUAGGAGCAUGGAGGAUGGGAAUGAGGAGAUUGACAUGGAGGAUGACGAAUAG